AUGGCACGGGAUAUUUCGGACACUGAGUUGCAGCUGGCUCUAGAGCUAAGCAAAAAGACAUUUGAAGAAGAAGAACGGCGAAGGAAUGAGGUUAACGAUCUGAUUCGUUUCGAAUCCCCUGAAGCACCUCUUCGUAGAGAGCAGAUCAACCAAAUCAAGCGUUUAUAUAGUCAACCAAGCUUUGAAUCAGGAAGUUCUUUCUCUAAUGCUGAAUACUCACAUUUGUACAAUCCAAACUCCUUCACUGGACAUGGUUCUGGUCAGGUGCAUUGUUCGAACACUAUCGCUCGACAUCAGUUUCCUAUUUCUUCAUCAUAUUCUAUCGAUGACUCUUCGUUCUUGUGUACUGGUUCGACCGCCUCCUUGCCAGCUGCUCCUCCGUUGCCGCCGAGGACGUACAACCGUGAAUCAUUUCCCCCUCCUCCGGACAUGAAUUUGCUUUAUGAUAUCCCUCCUCCCUUACCACCAAGAUUGCAUCAAGCUUCAUCACGUUCGCUGAGCAGCUUUCCGUCCUUCUAUUCUACUCAUCCUCAGACCACUUCUCAUCUGUCGCCUAGUGAUUUAAAGCGGACAGAAGUGGCAACGAUUGAUAGCUCCGAAGCCGUUCCCUAUGUAAAUUCGGUGUUGUACGUACCUUACACGGUUUGUUCGAAUCGCCUCCAGAAUGGUGAUUUAAUAGAUUUGGGUUCUACAGAAGAAGAGUGUUACCUAGAUCCAACGUUAGAGCAGGUUCGUCGAGAAUUUGAUCCUCUAUAUUGUUCUCCCGAAAAGAACACACAGAUUUCUACCAUUCUGUCUGCAUCCCACAGUACUGCAAGCAGUAGAGAAGGAGCUGACGCUCUUUCUGUCACUCGGACACCCUUGAAAACUGGACCAGACACUGACGACAAAAAUGGUGAAAAUUGCGAUCAAGAUUGGCUUUCUCUUGACUGCAUCGGUUUGGAGGAUCACGUACCUUCUAUACUCCAGCAGAUUGCGAUAAUCAAAGAGAGGGGAAUGAAAAACUGCACAUCGUCGUCACUAUUUUUUAUGACGCCAAUUGCAGACUACAUGACUACAACGGCCAGUAGCAUAAAAGUCGUUGUUAGCAAGGAUCAUACGUGGCCUCGUAAUGAAGACGUUGAACGGGCGUACACUUGUGCUACAGACACCUUAGUAGAACAUCUCAUUACUCAGCUGCUUGCUGACUUGCUGAAUGAGUCAGAACUUGUUGAUGGCGUACCAGUUGAAAGAUUUGGUCUCAAGAUUUUUGGACUGGACGAAUUCAUCCCAAAAACGUCCCCUUUAGGGCAUAACCUGUAUGUUGGCAAUUGCAUCCUCCAUGGGAAAGAUGUGAAGCUAGAGAUUGGUCGGUUUGAGCCUUCCUUUAUUCGAUCAACAAGCCCGUCGCCACCUUGGGAAAAGAUGAAAACUCAAAUAAAAUUCUCUUCGAUUUUGGACAAGGAGGAUAUUGAAAAUAUGAUGCUUCAUCUCAAAUCUGAAAUGAAUGAGUAUGAGGUUGCAUUUCACUCAUCAUCUACGCUCAGAAUUUCAUCUACGUCCAAUAAGGUUCGACAGUGUGUAAAAAUGCUGUGCAAGUUGAUCAAUUCCAUUGAACCUAUCAGUCUUCAUCAACAUCUCCAAAACUACUUAACGGCAGCCACAAUAGAUCAAUUAAGAUGUUCGCGCAACGAUUUUAUCGCUUCAUUGCACAGUCUCAUCUCGGUCUAUUGCCAAUGUACUCUUAGUUCGUACAAAUUGACGCCUAUAAGGCCAUUAGAUAAACCAAAAAAAGAAGUUCUACACUGUAAAGAAAAACUAAAAGUCGUUGUGAAUUCCGUUCAUAAUUUGAUGGAGGAGUGGAUGAGGGAUUAUACUGAAUUUUUCAUUAAUGUCAAUGUAUACUACGGGACACAAGUUUUAGCUGGCAAUAACAAAUGUAUUUCGAAAACUGUUAAGCAUGACGCAUUCUUUCCGUAUAUUCCUAUGAAUGUUUAUGUUUACUUCGAGGACAUGUUGUGCACAUGUCCAAGAGAGACGAAGAUUAUGUUUAUUUUGUCGGGAUUUUCAAUAGUGCCCAACACUGGCUCAGAGGGAGGUUCGGAAAGCACACGGCGACCGUUGGCUUUUGCAUCACUACCACUGUUUGAUCACGAGUUGACACUGAGACAAGGACAACUUUUUAUUUCUUUGACGGUCCUCAAAGAUCCUGUCUUGAAGCCAUGGGGGCCUUAUCCUCUUAUUGCUAACGAAAAAGAUCCGAUCCUUAUUGUUACUUUACCAACGUACGAGCAUCAAGUGAUAUUUCCUGAAGUUGUUGUUGAAUAUCAAAGUGUUAAACAGGAUCCAUCGUCACUAGACUGUGAAACUCAUGAGUUCCUAAUGAGUUUGGUUGAAGCUGGAGACACUAACAAUCUCAAACCUGACGAGCAGGAGAUGUUGUGGCAGAAGCGGUCAUAUCUCAUGCAUUUGCCAGAAGCACUACCUUUAGUAUUAUCAUCCGUUACCGACUGGGGCUUCUAUUUCCUUGCCAAUGUUUAUCAGAUCCUUGAGGAUUGGGCACCUCUUUCACCUGUUCAAGCCAUGCAACUUUUACUUCCACAAUAUCCAGACAAGCGUGUAAGGCAAAAAGCAAUUGAGUGGAUUCUUUGUGCUUCGUCAGAUUUUCUGUUCAAUGCUUUGCCGCAGCUAGUCGAAGCUCUUCGCUUUGAGAUUUUCGAAUCGUCUUCUCUUGCUGUGGCGCUGCUUUCAUUAUCUUACAAGGAUAGAAGAUUUGCAUUCGAAAUCUACUGGCAGUUACAGCAACGGAUUGAUCACUGUGUGGAUUUUGCAUAUGCUCAGCGAUGUUCAUUAUUGCAAAAAGAACUACUCGAAAGACAUGAACCGGAUCAUUUGAGGGACGAGAUUGCUCGACAACAUAGACUACUAAAUGAGCUUGACUGCAUCCAAAUGGACCUUCGAAGAGAGGAUUCUGACCAAGCACGGCUUUCAUUGCUUCGUUCACGUCUUGGCGCAUUGGAUGGAUCUCUGCUCCAUCACAACGUUCGGCUACCGUGUAUGCCAUCAUUUCGAUGUAGUGGUGUUGUUGUCAAAGAAUGUAAAAUUUUUAACUCGAACGCUAAACCUCUCAAAAUCGUAUUUCGUGGUCUCAACUCUACUUACUCCAUAAUACAUAAGAGCGGUGACGACAUGAGGCAGGAUGCCUUAGUGCUACAAAUGGUUGCGUUCAUGAACGAUAUUUGGUUAAGCGAACAUCUCGAUCUUCGUAUGAUUACUUUUCGGUGCAUGCCUGUUGGUUAUAGGAAAGGAAUGGCUGAAUUAGUAUCAGACUGUGCAACUUUAUGCGAAAUCCAAAAAGAAUUUGGAAUGACUGGUGUUUUCAAAGUUGAUGUUUUGAGAAAUUGGUUGAUGAAGCAUAACACAACUGAGUUCCUAUACAAACAGGCUUUGGACAACUUUACUCGGUCUUGUGCUGGUUGGUGUGUUGCGACGUACGUAUUGGGUAUCGGUGAUCGCCAUAAUGACAACAUACUUGUGACAACAGCUGGUCAUGUUUUCCAUAUUGACUUUGGGAAGUACAUGGGUGACUGGCAAACAGCUGCUGGGUUCAGGAGGGAUCGUGUGCCUUUUGUCUUCACCGAUGAAAUGUACCAUGUAAUUAACGGCGGAAAUCAACAGAAAGAAAGCUAUCAGACUUUUAUCGAUUACUGCUGUUGGGCUUUCAACUACCUACGGCGGAACUAUAUUAUCCUCGCCAAUCUUCUGAAGAUUAUGGCUUGCUCCGACAUAUCUGGUAUGAAUGUAGAGUCUUUGAAUUUUGUUGAGAAGAACCUAAUGUUAGAACUGAGUGAGACCGAUGCUGUUAUUCAAUUCACGCAACUAAUAAAUCAUUCACUCAAAUCGGCGUUCCCUCGAAUAAAUUUCUUUUUCCAUACUUUGGCACAAGUAAUGACAUCCACGGCUGCUUCGGCGAAGAAUAGCGAUACCGCCCUCAGUUUUGUACCACAGCUAUAUACACAAGCUACAGAGGGGAAAAUUCAACAAGUUCGAGUGAUUUCCUUUGAAAAACGAUUCCUUCCUAAUAAAGUUUAUCUUUAUAAAAUAGAGGUCAUUCGCGUAUCAGAAACUGUGUCAACGUUUGUCUAUCGAUCUUUCAACGAAUUCAAUGAACUGUACAUUAAACUGCGUCGGAGAUUUCCUACUGUUGCAUUUCCGGCGCUUAGUCCGGGAACAAGGAUGCGGUCGAAUGUUCGAGAGGUAGCGCAAAGACGAAUGGUUGAUGUUGAAUCGUUCUUACGAUACCUGUUUACACUUAGCCCGGAAGUGUGUCAUUGCGAUUUGGUGUACACUUUCUUCCAUCUUAUUCUUCGAGACAACGAUAUCGACUCAUAUAUAGACACCGAAGAGAUGCAUGCAGAUGCACACCGUAAUCAAUGCGAAGUGUAUUUGAAAAUUCAAUUCAACGACAGCAAACAACGCUCACAAUUGAGUAUAUUCAUAGGACAUGUGAAACAUUUGGCGCUUCUCACCACUGGUCAAGCUCCGGACGCAUACGUGAAAGCAUACAUCCGUCCUGAUCCACAAAAUCUAACAAAACGGAAAACACAAGUUGUUAAAGCUAGCCAAAAUCCGACGUUCAAUCGAGAGCUUUACUAUGAUAUAAUGGAUGGAGAGCAUGUGCUAUCCACACGAGUGCUAGAAGUAUCCGUGUGGAAUUGCGGCGGUUUAAUGGAUAAUAAUAAAAUGUAUAUGCUGUACAUUCCACUGCAGAAAUUAAAGAAUCAACCUGAGGAUCGCAAGGGAAAUCGAGUUCUUGAAGGAUGGUUUGCGUUCGACAAAAAUAUAUGA